CCUGCACAAGCUGAACACGUCCUGCAGCCAUGUAAACGCAGAGCGAAGGCUGGAUCCGGCCCCGGGCUGCGUGUUGGACACCCCGCCUGGUGCCGUUAAGGACAGAAAUACUUCUCUCCUGUAUCUGCUCCAUGAGCCAUUGCCUGGGGCUGUGACCUGAGCCCUGUAGCUCUGGGAGACUCCAGACUCACCCCCCUGACCAGCCCUAACGUUCUCCUGUUUUCUUCUCAGGACCUGCUGGAAGCUGAGUGGAGCCCUUGGGAGGAGGACGCCCCAGAAGGACCAAACUGAAUCCAUGCGACCUGCAUCUGCUCCGCCCUGGGAACCUGGUGGAAUCUGCAAUCCCAGGGGGACGCGACGGAUGAGAUGAGAGCUCGUUUCAGCCCCGUUCUGCAGGACUCCGACCUAGAGCCCCACUCAGGGCAACACAAAACCAAACUGUGACGCGGAGCUUGGGCCUGUGGUAUGGGUGCAUCCCCAUGGACAGAGAGAGGAGAAGAUGGGAGGAACAGGCAACUCACUGAUGGGGCCGUGGAUGGGUCUUCAGCAGGGUCCAACCCAAAGUCUGUGAGUGGGCUAAGUUGCACAUCACAGCGCAGAGAGUGACUCACCAGAGGAAGCAUCCAAAUCCCAGAGAAGCUGCUUCCACCGAGUCCAGCGGGGAGCCCUCGUGUGUGGGGGCAGCGCCAGGAUGGGAGACCGCAGUGAGGGGGCAGAGCUGACGCUCACCUCAGGGGAGGGGGAGUGUGAGAUGCGUGUGUGUGAUACCAAUGGGGAGCCCCAGGGCCACGUCGCUGAGCCCACGGGGGACGUGUGUCUGGCCAGGUUACGCGCUCGCCCCCAGGUGCUGAGCAUGGAGACCCUGCAGGGAGCGCGGGAUGGACUGGAGCGAUGCGGGGAGCUGGGCGAGGAGCUGGGCAGCUGCCUGCACCUCGCCCUGGAGAGGUUCUGCCGGGAGCCCCCGUGCGUGCAGGGGAACGCCAGGAUGAUGUUGAGUUGGACCGGGGGGAGCCUGGAGUUCCUGUCGGGGGAUGGCGGUUACACAAUCUCUGUUUUCUAUCAUGAAGGAAAUCCCCAUUAUUAUCUCCAUAUUAAGGACCUCCCCGAGCACUUGUAUGUGGCCUGGUUACGUUCCCGCAAGGAACGGCUCAGUUCUAACAGGCUGCUGGCGUUGUUCACGGGGCUGCGUUUCUCUCAGGGAGACACUGCUGCGCUCAGGGCCUGCUUUCACAGAGCCUGGGAGGGCUUCAGACGGGAGCCCCGGUGCGUGCAGGAGAACGCCAGGCUGCGGGUCUGGUGGGGCAGGCAGGAGCUGGAGUUCGUCUCCGGCCAGGGGCAGUGUGAGAUCUCGGUGCUCCUCACUGACGGGAAUCCCCAGUAUCACAUCACAGAGCUGGGAGGGGACAGGCCAGUGACUUGGUUACACUCCAGCCCAGAGCCGCUGAGCGUCGCAGAUCUAGCGAGGGUGCGGGACAGAUUGGGGUACUGGGGGGCGCUGGGUGAGGAGCUGAGAAUCUGCUUUGGGGAGGCCAUUUCCAGGUUCAGCCAGGAGCCCCGGUGUGUGCAGGGGAACACCAGGAUGGGGAUCAGCUGGGAUGGACGGACCCUGGAGUUCCUGUCAGGGGAGGGGCAGUGUGAGAUCUCCGUGUGCUGUAGGGACGGGAGACCCCAGUAUGAGGUCGGGGAGCUCCCCAUGCACAUGUACCUGGCUCGGUUAUGUGCCCACGCAGAACCACUGAGCGCCGAUGGCCUACAGAGAGUGUUGAAAAAAUUGGGGUCCUGUCAGGAAGACACCGGUAUCCUAAGAGCCUGUAUUUCCCACGCCUUGGACCGAUUUGUUCAGGAGCCCCGGUGCGUGCAGGAGAACGCCAGGCUGCUGAUCCAGGGGGGCUGGGGGGAGCUGGAGUUUGUCUCCGGCCAGGGGCAGUGUGAGAUCUCGGUGCUCCUCGCCGAUGGGGAACCCCAGUAUCACAUCACAGAGCUGGGAGGGGACAGGCCAGUGACUUGGUCACACGCCAGCCCAGAGCCACUGAGUGUUGCAGCCCUAGUGAGGGUGCGGGACAGACUGGGGCACUGGGGGGGGCUGGGCGAAGAGCUGAGUGUCUGCUUUGGGGUGGCCAUUCCCCGGUUCAGCUGGGAGCCCCCAUGGGUUCAAGGGAACGCCAGGAUGGGGAUCUGCUGGGACAGGAAUAGACUGGAGUUCCUGUCAGGAGAGGGGCAGUGUGAGAUCUCUGUGCGAUAUAGGCACAGGAGAGCCCAGUACGAGGUUGGGGAGCUCCCAGGGCACAUAAACCUGGCUCGGUUACACACCCUACCAGAGCCAGCGCACCAACCCCCUGAGACGUCGCAUGAUUGAAAUAGGAGCGUAUGUCUUUGCUGCUACCACGGUUGUACAAUUGCACCAAAACUUGUAAGAAGUGCAUCAUGUGAAGACCAAUGGAAAAGUUACUAUCUACCAAGUACGAUUCCCCCGUUCAUAGACAUGUAUCAUCCUUGUACCCCAAGUGAUAAAUAUUGACUCUCCACUGGCAUCCUACCCGCGUGCUGUAUCCUGAGCAACACCCGCAGGGCACUUUACACCCAGUCUACCUGCCACUUCGAAUGGACUGUUCAAGUUGAUGGCCCGUUAAA